AUGCCUUUCUGGGAGUCCUUGUACGGUACAACAGUGGGUACUAUAACCGCCUGCAUAGCGGAAACGAUGGACACCAAACUCCAUCCCGCGUUAUGGUCCACCCCGGACAUAAACGCGUACCCCACGCUGGCGCAGUUCCAAGUCCCAGUCCAGGGAAAAACUGGUUGGACCGUAGGUCAGUACGUAGAGGGAGCGUUUCAAACGUAUAUCAUCCGUGCUCGCAUAACGCGCAUUACGCAGGACGAUGAACAAAUCACCGUUACUGCCCAAGUGCAUCCGCGCGAUACUCCACGGUUCCGCAUUUAUAUAACGCGUGCAUGGCGCAACCGUAUCUCGGCAGGCACAUACCUUCGGGGCGGUAUGGAGGACCGCUCCAACCCAGUACUCACCUUGCUGGAGGGAACAUCGGUAUCCCGCUUGUUUACGUCUCAAUCGCGGGCUUGGUCUGCCGCUCGCGCGAUCCUAGCAGGCGAUUCCGACCUUUACGGGCGUUCCAACAACCGUAGGAAAUCGAUCACGGCUACCGUAGCUGGCGAAAAAGUGGAGCUCAAUAACCAUCAGGUUAACGCUGUUAAUCAGUUCCAUAAGGAUUAUCCGGUCCUUAUUAUCGACAGCGCGUACGGAGCAGGUAAAUCACUCUGCACCGCAUUAAUGGCCAUCGAAGCCGUACAGCGCGGGAAGGUCGUACUGAUCGCAGCCGUACAAAAUACGGCUCUCGACGUUAUUUGCGCCAAACUGGCCCAAAUGGAGACAACAGGUGUACGCCCGGUACGGUAUGUCAGUGAAACACUGGCUCGGGACGCUAUUCGCUCAGGCCCGUACGACCUGGCAUGUCUGAUGGAACAGAUACCACAGACCCACGGUGACACAAUGGAGGAGCGCGAGAUGGCUGCUUUCACCGCAUUCGCCGAUCGACGGAAACGUCUCCGCGACUUCAUCUUCACCGGCGUGGAGCGGAAUCUCAUGGCAUCGGAGCACAAAACGCUCCUUUUCCUUGAGCAGGCAAAUUCGGAGCGCAUCAAAACGCUCACGUCAAGGUUCCUCAAGAUUUAUGAGCCGAAUAUAUUCCUUUGUACCAUCUCAUCGGCCAUAAAUCUCACGACCAAAAAUGGGCUGUGGCGUCGCCCCUCGCGCAAAUGGAGUACGGUCCUCUUGGACGAGGCUUCGAUGAUUCCGGAAGCCACCCUAAUUGGUCUUUUCUCAAGGUUUCCGGAAGCCACAUAUACCCUCGUCGGUGACAGCAACCAGUUGCCACCCUACAUCGGCACACAAAGGGCACCCCUCGCGGUCACCCUUUGCUCACGAUCCGUCCUGGACGUAGCUCGGCGCGUCGGCAAUCCCCCAACGUGCAAGAUCAGCACCGUGUAUAGGCCGCAUCCGAACAUGAUGGAGCUCAACUCGCGUAUGUUCUAUAACGGUGAGUUAGUCUGUGGUACCGCUAAAGAGGCUCGCCUCGCGCUCCUCAACCGGGUCUGGAUGCCGAACGCGGACCUCCCGAUCGCUUUCAUAAACAUCGUGGGCGAAUCGGUACAGUCCGUGACCGGAUCACAGAGCAACUCAGUUGAAGCUCGCGCAGUUGCAGUGAUAGUUCGCCUCCUUUUAGCGUCUUCAAUCUCGGCGGAGAACAUCAUGGUCAUCUGUCUCUACCGAGACCAACUCUACCUGUGCGAGUCUGCGCUGAAGGGAUCCAACGUAGCGGUCAAAACCGUGGAUAGCGCACAAGGAUCGGAAAAAUCGGUUGUCAUCGUAUGCACCACGCGUACCCAUAUCAACCCCAAGCGCAACCUAACCUUCUUUGCAGAUCCAAAGCGUCUCAACGUCGCCCUCUCCAGGGCCCGCGACGGUAUGUUUAUCCUGGGUCCGGUGGUUCACCUCGAGCAUGUCCUCUCGGGGGACAUCAUCCGCUGGUGUCGGGAAAACCGUGUACGCACGUACUUGGAAGCUUUCGCGGACGCACGGCUUCCUUCCAAAAAGAAGUGA